CAGACUUGCUUGUACAUGGAGAAUAAACUAAUAAGAUAACAUAACACACUUUGGUACUCAAUGAAGGCUGUGCAUUUCACCUUGGCCAUCAAUCAGAGCAAUAGGUACUGAUGAACCACUUGCUAUUUACCCCAUACCAUUCAUUAUACCUAACAGUCCCAGAUGCACACCCCCUUUCUUGACUCACGUCCUCGGUACAGAAUCUAGAUUAGCACAGUCUCACCCCUUAUCCCUUAUUCAAGCCAUUCCCGAAGCCAUCUUCCAGGCCUCGACUGGUGGACUCCACAUCUUCCGUAGAAAAUUCGGAGAGAAAUUACUCUCCCAAUUUAUGUGGCAAAUAACCGUAGUGGCACUGUGCUACGAGUACCAAUUUCCAAGAGCACACACGCAUGAUUGACGUUUUAUGUUUCAAUUUUCGAACCAUCCCAAAAGAUCAUCCGGAUCCUACGUAAGUGAUCUAUGUUGAAACUUCGAUCGGUCCGUUGCCUUGCGAUAUU